AUGUAUCACCUAGCCAAGUCGCUGUACUUAGCCGCCACGAGCAAAGAAGAAUACUCAGUGAUUCUACUCGGGCUAGACAAUGCUGGUAAAACAACUCUCCUCUCCCAGAUCAAGGCGCUCUAUCAGCCCCGUCCGGAGGGCGCCCCCGCCCCCAAUCCCGGAAAAACCGUCCCUACCGUCGGCCAAAAUGUCGCAACGAUACCCUUGCACGAUAUGAACCUGAAGAUCUGGGAUGUGGGGGGUCAGAUCUCUAUGCGAGGCCUCUGGCAGAGCUACUAUACUAGCUGUCACGCGAUCAUCUUCGUGGUUGACAGCGCAGAUGUUGGACAAGACCCUGAUAUCGCCCGACUCAUAUCAAGACGCGGGAGCUCUGCGGCCGGAACGCGUACCACGCGCGGAAACUCCAGCACAGAAGCAUUCACAGAAGAUAACGUCGGGAUAGGCGCAGCCAGCAGUGAGUUUGGGCGGUUAGACGAGUGCCGACAGGUUCUCGAGUCCGUGUUACAAAACGCAGACGUGGCCGGAGUUCCCAUUCUCGUGCUGGCCAACAAACAAGACCGGGAGGACUGCGUGGAAGUCGUCCGAAUCAAAGAGGGCCUUGUCCGCAAGGUGUUCGAGGGAGAAUCGGGCGGCGGCGUUCGGGACAGUCGUGUGCUGCCGGUCAGUGCGCUUCUUGGAUCUGGAGUACAGGCAGCGGUGGAGUGGGUACAAAGUCGUGUAAAGUGGAAUAAAGAGGGACGGCCUCCUGUGAUGCGUUGA